GGCGCUUGUAAUCACACUGAAGUUUCCCCUGCUUUCAGCGUUGUUUGGCUCUUCGGUAUGCUAUUCUGAGCACCACAGCACUGGAGCCGGAACUGCAACUCCCAUAAUGCGCUUCACUUCCUGUUUUCCUUUCUCGGACUUGUUCAUUCACGGAAAAGACCCAUUGUGUUAACAAAAAAAAAAUUUAGAAACAAAAGACUAGCCUUAAGUUUAGCUUAGCAGAAGUAUCUACUGUUGUUUUAAAACGCUGUGAAAAACACGAUGGACCUAAUUGGCCCGCUUCCAAGAAUUUUAGGCGGUAGUUUCACGACUACAACUCCCAGAGGGCUGCCUAACCGUCCAAGAGCCGUUUUUGAAAGCGGCGUGUCGUGACAUGAUACCUGCUUGAAUAUAAAGGCGGGAGCGAAAACUCAACAGAAACCUAAAAGGAAUCGUCAGCUUUGGUGUACGAGAGGAAGUGCAUUUCUUGAGUCCACUAUUUCAGACAACUUUUCCCAAAAUAUUGUGAAGAAAUUCAAAUUGACAACAGUUACGACGUUACGAUGGAAUUAGAGGACGAGGAUGUAUCUGCGCGUGUACUCCUCAGGCAGUUGUUGCACGCAGAGUCGCCAAGGCGCCCCGUCACCCGCAGCAUGGUCCAGUCUCAGAAUUCCAGGACCAGGCAAAGUACCCAGCAGCUCAGUACUGCAGGGUUCCAGUCCCCUCGCAUGGCCCUGCGACAGAAGCUGAAAGAAAGACUUCAUGAGAGUGCUUCCAAAUCACCUGUCCAGGAGAAGAGGAGACUGUCUGCCAGGUUCUCUAAGACCAGACCUUUAACUCCAAGCUCCGUUCUUCAACUGGAUGAUGAUGAUGAUGAUGUCACAACCCGAGGACUCCUGCGUGGAAUCUUACAGACAGAGCCAGAGAUGUCCCUCUUAGUUCCAGUCCAGUCCACAAAGGAGGACACAGAACCAGGUUCAGCUGAGUCCAGUGUGUACAGUAGCCAGCCCAGUGUAGAGAUGACAGACCUGGAGCUUCCAGACCUUACCAUUGCAAGUGUCACUACAGCCAUCAGGGGGAUCAGCAGGAAGAGGCCGCAGAAGAACAUCAACCUGUCCAUGUUCGUGAAGAAGCUUAAUGAAGGAGAAGAUCGGUUGGAUGAGCAGCAGCCCGAUGAAACAGGUCACCUGUCCACCUUGUCUCCUCAGUCUGUAAGCUUGUCCCUGAACACCCCCUAUGUGGACCCCAGCACAGAGAAGCAGGGACUGAGGAGGGCUGUAAAACGAAGGGUCAUUGAUGUGGACAACUUUGAGGAAGGUGUCCAGAACCGUCUUGUUAGAAAAAUGAACACAGAUACGGAGCAGAGUCUGACUCUAGCCCACAGAAGGAGUGAGACUGGACCACUGGAGAAGUUUACUCUGGGCUUCACAGACUUCACUGCCAUGGACACCACUGACAUCAUAAUGAGCAGCACUGCACUCUAUUCCCUGCCAGUGUCACAGAGCCCUGCAGCCAACAUCUCCAUUGCAGAGAGAGAUGCAAUAACUAGUAUGGAAACCCAGAGAAACAAGGCUCAAGAGGUCCAGAAAGAGGCUAAAGACAAACAGGGUUAUAUGGAGCUGUCAGGCCCUGAUAGGGAAAAAGAACAGGAGGCUGGUAUGAGGGCACAGUAUGAGGAGGCAGGUCAAUGGCCCAGAGACAGUGUGGAAGAGAACAUAAUUGAAAGAGAUAGGAGGGAAGGAAAGAUGGAAGUUAAGUUCCAACUACAUGAAGAGAAGUUAGGAGUAGAGGAAGUGGACAAAGAGUCUGAACAAGCACAUAGGAAUGACACUGUGGAGGUGCAGGAACUUGUCCAGUUUGGUAAGCAACACAUUUUAGACCUUUGUGUAAAAGAGGUUGUUAUAGAAUCUGAAAAGAAGGAUGAAGAACCAGCAGAUGAUUUACAAAUGCAGGAAGGAGGAGGAUCAGGGGAUGAGUUGCAGAUUGAGGAAGAGGAAGGGGAUAAAUCUCAAAAGAAACUAGCGUUCACUUCAGAAUCUGGCAAAGACGAGAUGGUGUCAGAUCCUCUUCCUCAGCCAGACCAAAUUAGAUCAGAAGAGCAGGUAUUGCCAGUCCAGCGCAUGGCACGACAGAGAUCCUUGCACUCUGAAGGUAGUGCAAUGCUCCAUAGGGUGAUGAAAAGGGAACAGGGUUAUAGGAGCCUGAGCUCUGCCCUUCAAUGUAUGGACACAGAGGCUGGAGUUUCUCCUAUAUGGGCAGGUGCAGCCCAAGAUGCCUCUUCCUCAGAGAAAGAGGCAAGUGGUGGCUGGCACACUGACUCAGAGGUGGAAGUCAAAAAUCAAGAAGUGGAAGGUUCACCACUGCUGUCCUCACCACACACACCAUGGACCCCUUCCUUGGGACCCAGGAACCUCCCCAGCAGGAGGAGCUGGAAGACAGCAGAGUUAACGGGAAAGACUGAAGUUGAGGAGGUGGGGAUCCCAACUAACACCAGUAGAGAGAUUCUCACAGAGGAUCUCCAGAACAAAUACAGUUGGAGUCCCAGUCGAGAUCUAGAGCCUCUGGAGGGUGAUGUGAGCCCUGUGCUCACCCCCACCCGAGAAGACGGAGAUCUUGGUGCAACAGAAGCCAGCCAGGGAGAGGAAGGCAAGCGAGAAAGUGAUCAAGAUGAUGGGUUUCUGAGUGAAGAGUUCUCCAUGAAGACCCCGGCCUUUGUUCGACAGAAAAGGAAUAUACAGACUCCUGAACCUCAGACCACACCUAACUUCCUCAAAACAAAGAGUAAAAGGCAGUUUUCCAAGGCUGCUGCAGCUGCCAAACGUAAACCUCAGCUGAAGCAGCGGGCUCCAGCCACCGACAAAAACCCUGCCCUGCCUAGAAGCUAUGUGAUGUCCACCUUCAAGCAUUUUGCAAAGACCAAGGUGUCCUCUGACAUCUACCCAGUGCUCAAGGAAAUUAUGGAUAAAUAUUUUGACCGCUUGGCUGAUGACCUGGAGGCGUAUGCUGCCCACGCCAAGAGAACAACCAUUCAAGUAGAGGAUGUUGAGCUGCUUCUGAGGAGACAGGGCUUUGUGACGGACAGCAUGCCAGUGACUGCGCUCAUUGAGCGAUACUUCCCCCAGGGGUAUAGGAAGCUACUCAUCCCAGUCGCAACCAGUGGGAACAAGGUUGUGCCCAUGCAGAGGAGAUGAACAAUGCCGUGGCUGAGACAAGCAUAGCCCUUUAGCGAAUCUUUACUAAAGAAGCUCUGGAACUGUGAUCUAUCUGUGCAAAGCUAUUUAAAAAAAACAGCCAAGAAAGUGCCGUAGUCUGUGUUCUCACAGCUGUAGCAGACGACAGCAUGUGUCAUGAAACAAGCUGAAAUAACUUUUUCAAAUCAGAUUUGUUUACUUUUUUGCUGUUGUCUGUAUAAAUUUUAUCUUUCACAGAGUGGAAAUAAACUUCAUUUAAAAAGCAGAGCAAAAAAAUAUAAAACAUAAGUAACAACAUCCAGCCAUGUCAUGGAUCUGCACAGUCUUUUCAGACAUAAGAUCUAAAUUUAUGCUGCAGUCUCUAAAAGCUCUACAGGUUCUGUUACAGUGCAAAGUACCUAGAUUAAUCUAUAAUUUCCUCUGGUGAUAGGGCUGCUAAGCAACCAACAUGCUACGGAUGGCUUGAGUGGGAUGCCAUGUUUGGAGAUGUAUUAUACAGAAUGAUGCUAUUUAAAUGUUUGUUUAGCUCCUUUCUGAUUUUAAUUGCAGUUUAAAAACAAUUUAAUUUCACUCGUGGUUAAAAUGUUCACUCUCUCUCUAUUAAAAGGAAUUGACAUAUUGCUGUUGUAACUGCCAGCAAGCAGUGUUAACCCAGGUAAAUAUAGUAUGCAGUGACAACCAAAGCCUAUGACCUGAAGGACCACUGUGCGAAAGAGAACUUGGUUCUGCGGUGUGUCCUUGCAAGGAUGGAUUUCUUUUUCCCCCUUUUUUUUUUUUUAAAAAAAAAUAAAGAAAUUUGUGUCUUCUACCCAACCCUUCUGGAUUAUGGAGGAACAGAAAGGCAGUGCAAAAUCCUGUGGGUUUUUUUUUUUUUUUUUUUUUUUUUU